AUGCGUUCUUUCACGGUAUCUGCUACUGUGGCUAUCGCCCUGGCGUCUUUCGCCAACGCAGCUCCUAUUAGUCCGAUCCCGGGGUUGACCGAGCUCCAAGCCUGGGAAACUAUCUUUUCUGACCCAAAUGUUAACCGGACAGACUAUGGACUUUCUCAGGCUGAGCAGCACGAGCGAUAUAGGGAGAGCUGCCACAAAGUUUGCGGUAUGGUCAUUCAGCUUAUCGCCAAGGAAGGCUGCGACUCUGGUUGGGAAGGACACGAGAAAAGUUGCGAAACUUGCUUUUACAAUCGCUUCAAGGAUGGCUCUGAAUUCAGGGAAAAGUGGGGAAAUGGCUUGAAAAAAGCUCUCGGCAUGUGCGGUGUCCAAAUCCCCGACGAAAUCCCUGAAGAAAAAGACGCCGACGGGUGCCUUGUUGAAAAGCCAAGUACUGCAAAGCCCGAUGUUGCAAAGCCAGAUACCGAGAAGGCAGAUACUGAGAAGCAAGAUACUCAGAAGCAAGAUACUAAGAAGCAAGAUACUGAGAAGCAAGAUACUCAGAAGCAAGAUACUCAGAAGCAAGAUACUGAGAAGCAAGAUACUCAGAAGCAAGAUACUCAGAAGCAAGAUACUCAGAAGCAAGAUACUCAGAAGCAAGAUACUCAGAAGCAAGAUACUCAGAAGCAAGAUACUCAGAAGCAAGAUACUCAGAAGCAAGAUACUCAGAAGCAAGAUACUCAGAAGCAAGAUACUCAGAAGCAAGAUACUCAGAAGCAAGAUACUCAGAAGCAAGAUACUCAGAAGCAAGAUACUCAGAAUGCUGAGAAGCCAAGUGCUGAGAAGCCAAGUGCUGAGAAGCCAGGUGCUGAGAAGCCAGGUGCUGAGAAGCCAGAUACUGAGAAGCAAGAUACUGAGAAGCAAGAUACUGAGAAGCAAGAUACUGAGAAGCAAGAUACUGAGAAUUCAGCCGCUCAGAAGCCGGAUGCUGAGAAGCCGGAUGCUGAGAAGCCAAGUGCUGAGAAGCCAAGUGCUGAGAAGCCAAGUGCUGAGAAGCCAAGUGCUGAGAAGCCAAGUGCUGAGAAGCCAAGUGCUGAGAAGCCAAGUGCUGAGAAGCCAGGUGCUGAGAAGCCAGGUGCUGAGAAGCCAGGUGCUGAGAAGCCAGAUGCUGGACAGCCAAGCACUGAAUCUAAAGAGACUGAAGCUGGGGAUAGCACGGGUCCUCAAAAAGAUAUCAGCAAGUAUGAGUGUCACGCUGCCUGUGGUACGAUUUCUACUCAAAAUUACCUCCAUAUGUUAAAGGACAACUACUAA